GCAGCUCCAGUUGGAGAACUGAUUUUAAAUUGUUAAGUCUUGUAUUAAAAGCGCAACAUGCUGAAAUUAAAGCUGGAGGCAUUGGGGCAUCCAACACCCAAUGAUGUGGUGCUGAGCAACCGCAAAGAAUUCGCAAGCACUGUGCUUUGGCUGGAAGAUCAAAAGAUUCGUCUAUAUACGAUUGAAGAUCGGGCAAUGCUACGCAAUCUGGAUGACAUGAAGGUGUGGGAGGAAGGUUACAAGAAAUAUUGUGCAGACUUAAAUAUGCCGUCGUUGGAAACGCAAAUCGAACAACUCACCUGGAUGCUGGGUCAUGCAAUACGCCUAGAGUUUCUCGACGAUCCAGGACAAUAUGAGGCAUUUAAUUCGGAGGAAUGGGGGAAGCAAGAUAACAAAAAGAAGCUGACACCAGCGCCUAAAAUUCAAGCUAUUUUCGAUGGCAAAAUAAAUGUUCAAGACAAGGACUUCAUUUCUGGCGUACGCGCACUGGCUAAUAAACUAAAUGUUCCUCAUCAUCCUAACCAUUUGUUACAACUGGAAGCUGUGGCACGCAUUGUGCACGAACGUCUGUCGCCGGCUGCGAAAAAUCGAAAGCCCAUUACCGGCACUCCGUUCCCUUUCGAGAAGGGCAACGAUAUAGUUUCUGUGAAUGAUCCUGCUCUCGACUAUCCUAUGCGCAUACUGCGCCUGCUACAAAUACAAAGUCUGCGCGAGCUUCAAACCCAAAUCAAUGAGACAAUCGUGUCGGUGCAAGAUUUGACGGCCAACCCAAAGACUGACACCAAGCUGGGAAAAGUGGGAUUUUAAUUGGGGUUCAUGUAUAAAUCUGUUUUUUAUUUUGUUUUUUACAUUUUUUUUUUUAUUGAAAAUACACGUGGGAUGCUUAGCUA